GAGAAAGGUUAAUAAUAGAGUUGACAUCUCUCUCAGACACUCACUCUCUCACAUGCCUCUUUAGGUUUUUUUUUUUAAUCUUCUUCACUAUAUCAUCACCACUCAAUGGUAUCUUCAAAUCGCCGCCUCUGAGAUCUCUCUUCCGGUUGCUUAUCAGAUUAGCCUUUGUUUUGUGCUACAUUGCUUUGCCUGUUAUGUCCAACAAUGUCUUGCCUCCUCAGCCUUUUAUGCAAAUGGGUCAAUUCAUUAAUGUCUCUACUACUCCAGACCUGAUUUGUAAUCCGGAUAUGAGAUUGUUACAACCAGUUUGUAGUCCAAUCUCUGGUGGGAGUCAGGAUUCUCAUGUAAUGCUGCCUAGUGUUGCUGCUGGUUUAGGAUCAGUUAACAUGGAUACAACUAUGUUACAUGGUAAGCGCAAGUCUCCGUUGCAUCCUUCUGUGCAAAAUAAACGUAUGGUUUUACCUAUGGAGCAUCGACCAUGGGCGUCUGCUCCAAUGUCUGUGCAGUCAUCUUCUGUUUCCCCCAGAACACAGUAUUUGCCUGCAUCAUUUGUUACUAAGAAUACUUCUGUUAUGUGUAAUAAGCCUGUGAAGCAAACUGCGGGGAGAAAACAGAGUUCGCAGAAACCGCUGCCGCUGAAACCUCAGAACGAAUCAUCUGGAACUGUGAGGUCUAAGAUGAGAGAUUCUUUAGCAGGUGCCUUGGCAAUGGUACAGUGCCAAAUGGAAGUGCCAAAGGAGUCGAAAAGGUUAGAUAUUGAGACUGCAUCUAAUCCUCUCGACGGUCAUGUUAGUGAGCCAUUGCCAGUUGCUGCUGGAGUUGAUGUCAUGGUAUCUGAUGGUAGCACCGCAAUGCUGACCCUCAGUGAUCCUAGUCCUGUUGGAGGUAUCUCUGAUCAGACAGUUUUGCCAGAGAUUUUGACUACCACCAAGAUAAGUGAUGCCAAAGAAGAAGCUCUGGCUGUUAAACCUUUUGCCGUAGACAAUGUUUCAUAUAGUGACAAUGUGUUUUCAAAAGAUGAUCUUUUGCAAGGGAAUGACCUCUCUUGGGAUCUUGAGUCGGAUAUUGAGUUUACAGAAAGUUUUCAAAAUGAUUUGAUUGGAGCAGUAGCUAAUGAUAGGUGCCAGGAUAAACUGUUACUGGAUCCACAAGUUUUGGCGUUUAAAAUAGAGGCAGAACUCUUUAAGUUAUUUGGUGGUGUGAAUAAGAAAUAUAAAGAGAAAGGAAGAUCACUCUUAUUCAAUUUGAAAGACAAAAGUAAUCCUAAACUCAGGGAAAAAGUUAUGUAUGGAGAAAUUGCAGCUGAGAGAUUGUGUUCCAUGUCAGCAGAGGAACUUGCUUCAAAGGAACUAGCUGAGUGGCGACAAGCAAAAGCAGAAGAGAUGGCUCAAAUGGUUGUUUUGCAGGACACAGAGGUAGAUAUUAGAAGCCUGGUAAGGAAAACACACAAAGGAGAGUUCCAAGUGGAAGUUGAACCAAUGGAUAGUGGCUCAGUGGAGGUCUCUGUUGGAUUAAGUUCGCUUAACUGGUCUCGGCCAAAGAAGAAAACCCCAACCAUAACUAAAACACAUGGAAUCAAGAAGGAAUUGAAUGGCUCUGAUGAGGGCACUGGCCUAAUAAAAGGAGUCACAAUAGAUGAUGAGAUGCAGGCUGUUACUGGUUCUCUUCCUCCAAUCAUCUCUCUUGAUGAAUUCAUGUCAUCCAUAGAUUCAGAAGCUCCGUCUUACUCUUCCUCUUCAGAUACUGAGAAAAAAACUUCUGUUUCAGACAAGAAUGAUGCAGAGGCGGUUUUAGUUUGUACAUCACCCAAAGAUAGUGCUAAUGUUGAUUUUGGUAUAUCACCAAUCAAGGCUGAUGUAUCAUCAUUAGUUAAAGCUGAGGCAUUAUCACCUAUUAAAGCUGAGCAUAGUGACAUAGUAUCGUCAAAGCCUAAUUCUGAUUUGAAAGCUGAAACUACUUCGGUUCUCAUACCUGAUGGUGAACACGUGUGGGAAGGUGCACUCCAGCUGGGUACUUCUUCUGUGAGCUCUGUCAUUGGCAUUCUAAGAAGUGGCGAAAAGACUACUACUAAGGAAUGGCCUAUGUUGCUUGAGAUCAAGGGCAGAGUCAGAGUUGACGCAUUUGAGAAGUUUGUUCGAGAGCUCCCAAAUUCCAGGAGUCGUGCUGUUAUGGUUAUGUCUUUCAUCUGCAGAGGGGAGUGCUCAAAUACAGAACAAGAAAACAUUUCCGAGGUGGUGGAUUUGUACGCUAAAGAUCAGAGGGUUGGUUACGCAGAACCAGCUUCAGGAGUUGAGCUUUACCUUUGCCCAACCGGUGGCAGAACUGCCGAGAUUCUAAGCAAGAUUGUUCCGAGAAACCAACUUGAUUUCUUGAAAUCUUUAAAUGAUGGACUUAUAGGUGUUGUUGUAUGGAGAAGACCACAAAUUAAAAAAGCACCACUAUAUAACUCUCACAAGAACCACCGUGGAAAGGAUUCUUCAUUAACCACACUUAAUAUGUCUCGUUACAAAAACAUGCGACAGGUCAACAACCAUGAUGAUAUAGAUGAUGUGCCACCGGGGUUUGGUCCAGUACUGACCAUGGCUCGGGAUGAUGACGAUGACUUGCCUGAAUUUAACUAUUUUUCUGGUGGAGAUGUAAUCAUGAACCGGACACGCCGGUCUGAAUCUGUAAGAGAGCUUAUUCAAAAAUAUGGAAAAUCAGAACCUUUGUGGAACCAAAGUUUUAAUGAUGACAAUGACAUACUACCAGAGUGGCAGCCUCAACAGAGCCAGAGUCUUGGGCUUAAUCAUGUUGAUGGUGGCUUAGUGGUUAGACCACGUCGUGAGUGGUGGCCGAAUCAUGCUGGCGGAGGAUAUUAGUUGCAUUUUUGUUACACCUUAGUGAUUUUGUUUUGUUUUUGUCUCUA